CAAAUCCCGACGUGUCUCUGGGCGGUCCGGAGUGGAGGGUUCUAGAAGGCGUGACGUGGGGGUCGAAGCGGGCUCGGAGGCGGGUUCUCGUGGGCAGCGGCGGUGGCCGCCACUGCGGGAGCUGGGGACACACUAGCGACUGGGGCGGCGGACGCAGCCUUGUCUCAAGCCAUGGCGGCGCUCGGCCGGCCCUUCAGCGGCCUCCCUCUGAGCGGCAGCGCGGACUUCCUGCAGCCGCCGCCGGCCUUCGCGGGCCGGGCCUUCCCGCCAGGAGCCACCGGCCCUGACCUGGCCCCGCGGCCGGGCGCCCGCGGUGCGCCCAGCAGCCCGGGCGGGAGAGCAGCGCGCGGACGUGUUUCCAUUCACUGUAGAAAGAAACACAAGCGAUUGGCGGAGGAUGAUGAGUGUCCAAUAAGAAAGAAGCGAUUGACUGAAGCUGAAUUCUCUGCAGUUGCUAAUGAAUGGGUUCUUGACACACACCAGGGGAUAGACGGUCAUGGGGUGAAUGCGUGUUCUGGUGGCCUUCCUGUGCCCAGCAUGCUAGAUGCUGUCUGUGAAGAGAUGGAUCAGACAACUGCAGAACCACAGUGUGAAGUUGCCCGCCGGAGGCUUCAGGAGAUUGAGGACAGGAUAAUUGACGAAGAUGAAGAGGUUGAAAGUGACAGGAAUGUUAGCCACCUCCCAAGUCUUGUCCUUUCUGACACCAUGAAAACGGGUUUGAAGAGGGAAUUUGAUGAAGUCUUCACAAAGAAGAUGAUUGAAUCCAUGAGCCGUCCUUCUAUGGAGCUUGUGCUCUGGAAACCUCUCCCUGAACUCCUUCCUGAGAAGCCAAAGCCAUCCUCUAACCCGAAGAACUACGCAGGAGAGAGCCAAAGGAAGUGUGCAGCUGCCAGCACUGCCUUUCCACAGAGAACUGAACUGUUGCUGGAACCCCAGCACACAGACACGCCACUUUACCAUAGUCUGGAGACCGCUGCUAACACAGAGGAAGAGAUGGAGCUCUAGAGACCAGUUUCUGCUCCAACUUGGCAAGUUCUAGAAGGCUCCUGUGUUCAGUAAUAGCCUGCCUGUAUAGUAUAGGGACCUGAAAGUUUUAUGAAACGGGUGUAAUAUCUCCACCUGUGAUUUGGGGUGGGAAUGUCAUUGUGGGUAGCCAUUUAUUGAAUUCAACUUUUUGCCAAGGAAGCUUAUCUCAAGGGAAAUGCAGUUUUCUAGCAGGCUUAUCCAAGAAAUGUUACAGUCUCUUUAAAGACAACCAUAGACGCUGGAUGUGUUCUGGUGACCAUCUGUCACACUGCUGAAGCCAUUCAUUGUGAAGAUGAUUAUAAGAGGAAUGCUCCUAACUGCCACUGCACCCUGACAGCCGAGACCUGUAUCGAGCUUGUAGUGGUAACUGUGCUUGGGGAGCGGGAGGAAGAAAGUAGCAGUUCAGUCUCUUGCGAAGGAACUGAACAGGCAAGGAAACCAGUGUUGGCGUCAGGUCGGUGUAGCCGUUAUUCCUCAAGCAGUAGCCCUGGUCUCCUCUAAUGACUGCUGAGCUCAGUUGGUCAGUAAUGUUUACACCUCAGUUAACUAAGUAAUUGAUUAAAAGUGCGAGGGAACCCUUUGUAAACUGCCUGUGAGAGAAGUGUCUUUUCAUGAAUCCUGAGGACAUGCAGUGAGUGUCAGCUAAACCCAGCAUUGAUAGCUUCUAGAGUUUAAAAAGGGAAGGUUGGGAGCCGGGCGGUGGUGGCGCACGCCUUUAAUCCCAGCACUUGGGAGGCAGAGCCAGGCGGAUCUCUGUGAGUUCGAGGCCAGCCUGGGCUACCAAGUGAGUUCCAGGAAAAGGCGCAAAGCUACACAGAGAAACCCUGUCUCGAAAAACCAAAAAAAAAAAAAGGGAAGGUUGGAUGUGUGUUAGCAAGUUGAGGUUUUUAAUGUUGGUCUUGAAAACAAUGAAUUAGCUGAGAAUAAAUGGGCAAGCAUCCUAAGGAGAGUUACUGCAAUAGCUCAUUGUCUGGUGCUUAAGCUAUUGUACAAUAAGCCUCAAAGUUAAUGGAAGAUGGCCUCCUGCCAACGGGAUAUCUUUAAUCUUCGAGAACCCAAACCAGGCUCAAGGUGUUCUUUGGGAAUAACCAGGGUUAAAGUUUUUAAUUUCUCAGGAAGAGCUCUUCAGCAUGGCAGGUCGUGUAAUGGGAGACUUGGCAAUCCUUCAGCGCUGUAGAGAGUCUGUAAGAUGGGGUGAGUGUGCUGGCCCUUUGCGACAGCAGAACACCUCAGUUCGGUUUUCAUUGUCUGGGUUUCUUCUCCCUUUGUAGGGGAAAAAAGAAAAGGUUUAUGCCAAGUAGAGGUGAAUUUUUAGAAACUAGCUUGCAGGCAUUUUUACAACCCAUGCGGAAAUCCCUCCUGUGGAUGGCAUAGGAGUCACAAGUCUGUUCAGUGGACUGUCUCUUCUCUCGCCGAUUGUUCUUGCUCUAUUUCUGUCUGGAUGUCAGGAAAAGGUUUAAUGUUUAAUAUUUAAACAAAAUAUUUAUGUCUACACAAUAAAAUUACUCAAGCUUCAAACCAGUGUUGAAACCAGUUGGAAACCAGCUAAUUGUUUCUUCAUCUCAGACUCAGAGGUGAAUGAAAUCUGUCUUCUGUUGAAAUGUGCAAGGUUUGACUCAUGUCAUUUGAAAACUCCUGCCUUGUUUAAUGGGACCAACUUGCAAAGUUUAUAGCCUUAAAAAAAUCUCUCUGCUAAGAAGUUUAGUACAAUUUAGAAGCAUGCAGGGACUACACAGAGUUUGGAGUUAGCUAGCCAGUGUGAGUGGGAAGGAAGUGGCAGCUUUCCAAAGGGCACAGAACACCAGGACUGCCUCUUCUCAAAGGCCUGAAACGGCUUUGAUGCAUUUGGUAACCACUGGAGAAUAGAGGAGGCUUUAAACGAAGAUGCAAACAGACUUUUCAGGAGUCCUUAUCUGACAUGAUCCUUAUUUCUGCAGGAAAGUUGAUGUUCAUGCUCCUUUUUGGACUUUAUCUUCUUGCACAUGUUUGUACAAAAAUCAUCUUCAUCCUUGUGGUGCUGACUCAUCUGACUGUCUCCACAGCCCUGAUGCCUCUGCGUUCUGUUUUCUUUUCUAGCAUAAGGCUUUUGCUUUGCCUUAAGGUUUUCCUAAGAAAUUAACAGGUCUUUUCUUCGUCUUAUAUAGUUUUUGAAGCAUGGAUCAAACAUUGGCUCAGUAUGCUAAUGUGUUAAGGUCAGCAAUUCUCUAAAGCAGGUGAGCUUCAGUGAACAAAUGUGUAUUUCUCUGAGUUUGAGUUGGGGGCGGUUUGUUUCUUUUUGGGUUCUUGGUUUGGGGGUUGGUUUUUUGUUGUUGUUGUUGUUGUUCUUAAUAUGAAGAAAUAAUAUGAGAAUCCAGUUCUUAUAAUUUAAAUCGGUUAAAAACUGUUCAUUCUUGAAAAGAUAAAAAUAUAAAAUUUAAGAACAAGUAGGACAGGACUUCGAAUAACCACAGAGGAACAUUAACUAGCAGGUUCAUUUGCUACUCUGCAUCUGGACCUUGACUUUAAUAGUGACAAGAAUGGUGCAGUACUAAGAAUGUUCUGGAUGAUGCUGUCAAUUGUGCUUUAAGAAUGAGAAUCUGGUUUUUCUGUAUUUUGUUAUUUUCAAUAAAACACAAGUGUUUUGAA